AUCAGUCUGCCAGGAGAGCAGCUCAAUGGGAAGGAGGUUUAUACAGAUCAAGUUAAAGGCAGAGAGCGUCCAGAAGAGAAUAAUGGAGAAUCCAUCAGGAUACAAGAUCAUGGAAAUGCUUCCAUUUCUUUUAAGACUGAAGACACUGAGGAGGAUGAAGAAGACCGUGAUGUAGAACACCCUCUCUCUGACCUGAAACACUUAUCAGACUCUGGAUAUAAGAAAUGUUCUGCAGAGAAGAAAAAUGUGGAGUCAUGUAGGAAAGGCCGCAGAGGAGUGAAGCUUAGCUGCAAAGACUGUGGCAAAACAAUUAUGGGAAAAUACGCUUUAAAGACACACAUGAGAAUCCAUACAGGAGAAAAGCCUUUCUGUUGUGAUCUAUGUGGAAAAAGAUUUAGCCAGAAAACCUCUCUAAACACACACAUGAUAAGCCAUACAGGAGAGAAGCCUUUCUGUUGUGAUCUUUGUGGAAAAAGCUUUAGCUUUAAAUCAAAUUUAAACACACACAUGAUAAUCCAUACAGGAGAGAAGCCUUUCUGUUGUGAGCUAUGUGGAAAACGAUUUAGCGAUAAACCCACUCUAAUCAGACACAUGAGAAUCCAUACAGGACAGCAGCCUUUCCGUUGUGAUCUAUGUGGGAAAAGCUUUAGCCAAAAAUCUAAUUUAAGAACACACAUGAGAAUCCAUACAGCACAGCAGCCUUUCUAUUGUGAUCUAUGUGAAAAAAGAUUUAGCACUAAAGGACAUUUAAAAAGACACAUGAGAACUCAUACAGGAGAGAAGCCUUUCCGUUGUGAUCGAUGCGAAAAAAGCUUUAGCUCCAAAUCAUAUUUAAGCAGCCACAUGAGAAUCCAUACAGGAGAGAAGCCUUUCUGUUGUGAUCUAUGUGGAAAAAGAUUUAGUGAGAAAUCCUCUCUAAACACACAUAUGAGAAUCCAUACAGGAGUGAAGCCUUUCUGUUGUGAUCUAUGUGGAAAAAGAUUUAGCCAUAAGUCCUCUCUAAACCAACAUAUGAGAAUCCAUACAGGAGAGAAGCCUUUCUGUUGUGAUCUAUGUGGAAAAAGAUUUAGCCGAAAAUCAAAUUUAAACAUACACAUGAGAAUCCAUACAGGACAGAAGCCUUUCUGUUGA